AUGUCUUCCAAAAAGUCUGCCGUCAAGGCUCCGAAGAGCAGGCCUGCAUCUACCUCUGCGCUUACUACUGGCCAACAGGAUCCAGCGCUCUCCUCCGCGACGCUGACCGCGUUUUCCGACGACGGCCGCUACCUUGCUUUGCUCUCCUUGGCUGUGGACAAGCACCGCCUGCGCAUAUUUGACUCCUCUUCGGGACAAAGCGUGUCAGAACACGUACUGGAUGCUGCCCGCGUAUCCGCCCUCGCCUGGACACGCUUCGACGCGUCCACACAGAAGCUGCCCGCAGAUCAGCCAAAGUCGAAGAAGAAGCGUAAAGCAGACGCUGCCCAGUCUGCGCCCGCGGCUUCCGCAGAGGCCGUCGUAGUGCUUGGGCUCUCAGACGGCUCUUUGCUCAUAUUCUCUCCCGGACACGGCCGCGUCUUGCGUACCCUCACGCAUCCCAGCAGUACUGCCGCCAUCACCGCCCUUGACGCCUCUCAGGAUACGCUCGGCGCGCUGACCAUAUGGUCUGCGGGUGCCGACUCUGAGAUUCGCACUUGGGACGCGCAGACAGGCGCACAUCGCGCCAGCCGUAACACAGGCGACAAGCUCGCGCCGUCUGCUAUACGUGUCCGAUUCAGUGUCUCCGACGAGGAGAGCACAUCUGAGAAUAUCCUUCUCGCGCAUCAUCGCCUGCGUCUCCAUUCUGCUUCUACCGAUCUAUCGCAGUUUAAGGACGUCGCUACAUUCACAGGUCAUGCUUCGAGCGUCACCGCAUUACUCUGGCAGCCGUCCACUUCUGGCCUACCCCCAAAAUACUUUGCUUCCAUCGCCGAGGCUGACCGCCACGUCCAACUCUGGGCUGUCCCGGAGUCCGCUUCUCAAGAAGGUGCUCUUUUCGCAUCCCUCCCCCUGGACUCGGACGCGCGCUCGCUGGCGUGCUCUACAACGCAAUGGGCAGCUGUAUCUUCGUCUGGUCGUGUCUCACUAUUCGACGGAAAGCCCCCUAAGAAGAAGGCAAAGGUUACAGUGGCGACUCCUAGGUGUACGAUUGCUCCUUCAGCCAAGGGCCAACCAGCACCAGUUGUAGCUGUUGCAUUCGUCGAUGAAGAACGGUUACGUGUGGCGCGGUUGAUCGGCGGCGUGAAGCCAGUAUUCGACGUCGUCUCAUUCUUGGAUGUUACGGGCGACUAUAAGGCGGAUGUCACAUUAUCUGCUGUGGAUACAGCUGCUCUGGUCACAGAGGACGCUGUGUCAGGCACGCCCACCAGACGCUUCGGCCAGCCCGUCGGCUUAGCUGUGCAAUCUGGGGUCGCAUUAGCGCAAGAGGCGGAUAUGGAUGAUCUUCGGGACAUCGAUGGCGCGUUGGACGUCGAUCUCGCAGAGUUGAGCUUGGGGCAGCGUCUCACGGCGCUUGAGGCUCCUUUGUCACGGAAGAAGUCCCGAGUUGCCGAUAGUGAAGAUCAUGAAGAGGGGGAUGACGACGUGGAGGAGGCGACACCCAUCACGCUGACGCGCACCCUCAUACAGGCACUGCAUUCAUCUGAUGCGGGCUUAUUGGAGAGCUGCCUGCAACAUACGCGCGCGCCACUCAUCCUGCAGACCGUGCGCCGUCUGCCGCCACAGCUGGCAGUGCCUCUACUGAAUGCCUGUGUGGAACGUUUGGGUCGUGGCGCACGGGGUUCGACGCAGAAAGGACGAGGCGGUGCGGCCGGUACACAACGUGCUGCCGGACUCGUGCGCUGGGUCAAGACUGUGCUUGCGGUACAUUCUGGACACUUCAUGACCAUGCCUGACCUCGUCGCACGUCUUGCCGGUCUUCAUGCCACGCUGACAGCGCGCGCGUCCUUGCAAGACACUCUCCGUGGACUGUCCGGUCGGCUCGACCUCGUUCUGCAGCAGAUGGAGCUUCGUGCGGCGCCCGCACCUUCGCCUCUGAGUCGCCCUGGUAAGGGAAAGCAAGGCGCUCGUAUUGCGCGGAAAUAUGUUGAGGGCGAAAGCGAGGAGGAAGGAGAAGGUAUGGAUGUCGAUGUCGAUGUCGAUAUCGAGGAGGGAAGCGAAGCGGGUAGCGUGGAGGACGUUGAGCUGGGUGGAGGGAGCGAUGAGGAUAGUGAGGAAGAGGAGGAAUACGACGCCGAUUUGACCGAGGAGGAUGAAGAUGAGAACGACGAAGGUGACGAGGGACCUAGGCUAAACGGUUUCAUUGACGAUGAGGCGGAAGAGUCAGACGAGGGUUAUAGCGACGAAGAGAGCGAUUAA